ACACAUGCAAGUACAUGCACACACGUGCACAGACAAUUUAAGCUGAAUUGGAUGACCACUGAGUUUUUAAGCAUUAUCAACCCCACCCCCACAUUUAUAUAAGCGCACAGCCUGAGCAAAAGGGCUUUAAGCGCCGUCAUAUACAUCACUGCGACCCACAGUGUGUCAGGCGACCACCAAGGAAACGUGAGAGGAUCAAGAAGUACUGCAGAUACUGUAGUAAGGAGGCGGAGAAAACACCAGAAAGGCAGCUCUGGGAGUGUGUGUGACAGAAGUGGAGCAAAGGAGAUAAGAUCUUAGUGGACACCAGCCAGUGGAUCAGGAUCCGAUGGAGGGAGAGCCGGCCCAUCUGACUGGAGCCAGAGGAGGAAAGAGAAGCGAGAGAGCGUGCUGCUCGCAAGAGGAGAGGAAGAGGAGGAAGACGUCGCGUGUAGUGGAGGAGGGCCCAACAGGCCAGCAGAGGAACCCAAACUGCUCAUCAGUGUCCAGUGUCUCCCACGAUGACCGCAGCUCGGCAGCCAGCGGCCUGGACGUGGCCGACCGGCUGACCUACCUGGAGCAGAGGAUGCAGAUGCAGGAAGAUGAAAUCCAGCUGUUGAAGAUGGCUCUGGCUGAUGUCCUCAAGAGACUCAACAUAUCUGAGGAGCACCAAGCAGCUGCCUCUGGUGCUGUUAGGAGACCGUCGGGUGUUAAAGCCCGGCCAGUGUCUCUACUUCUGCCCUCCAGACCGCCCAUGGUGCCGUCCAGCGUGGCCUCCCUGAAGAAGAGCACCACGCUGCCCUCAAGCGCCCCAGCCAAGAACUACAGCCCAACACCCCCCCGCAGUGGUGUGAAGAGCCCCCCAGGUAGUGUGAAGGACAGUCCAUGCAAGACCGCUAAACGACCCCCGUCUGCAGCCUCCACCUGUAAGAAACCUCCAGAAGGCAGCAAGUCCAAGGAGGCUGCAGUAAGUGUCGGGACAAGGCGGGUGACACACUGCAAAGUGACUAUGCAGAUCUAUCUGAGCCCCCUCACAAGAAAGACUGGAUCUUCUGAGACCGCCAAAUCCCCCGCAGCUGUGCCUGCUAACAGCGGGCCCACGGCCACACCUAACCACCCUCAGGCAAGGGGGGGCAGCAAGCCGGAGGGAAAGAAGACGACCCCGUCCUUCACCUUAAACCUGCAGAAAACCACAACGAGCCAGAGCACAGCGCAGGACACGUCCAGCUACAAGAGCCCCCUCAAGUCCCCCAGCCAGUACUUUCAGAUUUGUUACUGAGGGUAGAGAUAGAUUUGCUACACUUUAGUCCCAGCUACCAAGUUUACAGAGCCCAGACUAAUUAUUCAAAGCCUGAAUCAACCACUCGAACAGAAACUGUGAAUAAAGACUUUCUUCCUAUGUUGGAAAAAAGAGAAUCUGAUUUUAAAAUGGGGAUGGGGGACAUCCUGACUCUGUUGCUUUUGGGUACAGCAUUUCAAAAUAUUUCCAAGUUUGAGUAACUGUGAAUAGUGUUUUAUGGCAUGGUUUUUUUUAUUAAAAGGAUAGUACUGUUUGAGAGCUUAAACGCAUUAUUAGCCUCCUCUAAGACCCCAGAAGGCAUAGAUCCAGUUCCCACAUCUGCUUAGGGUUUCACUGACUGACUGACUGACUGCUGUUGUCUCUGUUGUUCUAUAGGUGAAGAUUGUAAAGCAAGGAUGUGUUUGUAGUUGACAUUUGACAUCACUGAGUCAGUCUCAUUCCUGUGUGCUGUGAUGUUUCCUGAUGUUUUGUAGAAAAGGUUUCACUUUAAGUAGUACAGUGUGUACCAGAAUCAGUAAAAAAAAA